AUGGGGGCUCUGCUGGACCCAACUGAGAGAUCGCUCUAUAGGGAUGUCAUGCAGGAGAACUAUGAGACGGUGGCCUUGCUGGCGUUUCCAGUUUCGAAACUAGAUGUGAUCUUGCAGCUGGAAGGAGGGGAAGAGACGUGGGUCCCAGACCUCCAGGGCUCAGAGAAGGAAGUGCUCCCAAGAAAUGCCUACACAGGUGACAAGAUGAUGAGUGAGAAUGAGGAGGAGACACCCCAGCAGAAAUAUGCUGAGCAAGUAGAACCACAUCAGAUGUUAUCAGGAAGAUCCAAAGGAAAUGAUUCCAGGAGUUGUGCACUCCCAGAAAAAGCAAAAGCCUGUGAGAGUCAGCAGAGGCCAGAGGAAAACUUCAGUAGCCACUCGGACCUUAUUACAUGCGAGAGAAUCAACUUGGAAGUGACACGCUACACAUGCAACGAGUGUGGGAAAAGCUUCAAUGGGAUGUCUGAUCUUCUCACACACCAGAAACUCCACAGUGGAGAGAGACCAUUCAUGUGCUCUGAGUGCGGGAAAAGCUUCAAUAGGAGCUCCAGCCUCAUAAGCCAUCAGCAAAUCCACACAGGAGAGAUGCCCUACACCUGCUCCGAGUGCGGGAAAAGCUUCCAUCACAGCUCUUCCCUGAUCACACAUCAGAGAAUCCACACAGGAGAUAUGCCCUACACAUGCUCUGAGUGUGGGAAACGCUUCUAUCGGAGCUCAACCCUUAUCCGACACCAGCGAAUCCACACAGGAGAGAAACCCUACACAUGCUCUGAGUGUGGGAAACGCUUCAGUGAUAGCUCAUCCCUUAGCACACAUCAGAGAAUCCACACGGGUGAGAAACCUUAUGCAUGCUCCGAGUGUGGGAAGAGCUUCAAUCAGAGCUCACACCUUAUCAUACAUCGUAGAAUCCACACAGGAGAGAAACCCUACACGUGCUCUGAGUGCGGGAAAGGCUUCAGUGAUAGCUCAUCCCUUACCACGCAUCAGAGAAUCCACACGGGUGAGAAACUUUAUGCAUGUUCCGAGUGUGGGAAAAGCUUCAAUCAGAGAUCUGCCCUGACCACACAUCAGAGAAUCCACACAGGAGAGAUGCCCUACACCUGCUCUGAGUGCGGGAAAAGCUUCAGUGGGACGUCUGACCUUCUCGCACAUCAGAAACUCCACAGUGGAGAGAGACCAUUCAUGUGCUCUGAGUGCGGGAAAAGCUUCAACAGGAGCUCUUCCCUUAUCACUCACUGGAGAAUCCACACGGGAGAGAAACCUUAUGGAUGCUCCGAGUGUGGGAAACGCUUCAAUGCGAGCUCACAUGUAAUCAGACAUCGGAGAAUCCACACAAGGGAGAAACCUUAUGGAUGCGCCGAGUGUGGGAAAUGCUUCAAUCGGAGCUCCAGCCUCAUCACACAUCAGCGAAUCCACACAGGAGAGAUGCCCUACACCUGCUCUGAGUGUGGGAAAAGCUUCAAUCACAGAUCUUCCCUGAUCACACAUCAAAGAAUCCACACAGGAGAGAUGCCCUACACCUGCUCUGAGUGCGGGAAAAGCUGCAGUCAGAGCUCAAACCUUAUUAAACAUCAGAAAAUCCACAUGAGAGAGAACUGUAAUAAAUGCCUUGACUAGGGCUGGCUAAAGAUAUUUUUUUUUUUUUUAAUCACAUUUGCUAGUUCCCACAUAGUGAUUUUUGCACCAUCUUCACCGUGGUUUCUCAGCUCCACCAGAUGAGUUUCCUCCUUCUGCCUUUUCAGCUCACUCUUCUUUGGGGUCAGUCCUGUGAUCUUUUCUGUCAACUCCUUUCCUUUUGAAUCAUAGGAGUGUGUUUUCCUCCAGUCAGGAAUGUUCAUCAUCUCCAGGUGGGAGAGGGAGGUUUGAUCCCAACAAGCUACACUGAGGCAAAAAAGUACCUGUGCCUUACAUCAACUAGGGCUGUACAUGGCAUUGGCUGCUCAAGUGAGUGAUCUUGGUGUAAAAAGACAAUUAUAGUGGUAGUGCAGAUGCAGCUCAGGUGCAGUCGUUGUCAUUAGCUUUCCCCUUGACCUGACCUAAACUCCAUCAGUUUUCCUAGUCUAAACAAACCCUGAGCAUCAUGGUUAUACUGUUUCCCCAUUUCAAAGCAAUUGUUAGACAUCAAGUUCCCCCUUGGGGAACAAAUUGUUUCAUUCCCAGUUGCUCUGAUGUUACUUCAGGUUGUGCUGGAGAGCAGAUAUUUUUACUACCAUUUUCCUCACUUAAAAUAUAUUGAACUAUAACAAAGGGCAGGAAAAAGGAAAAAUGUCAUUUCUCCUCUGUAACAACAGAAGAAGAUAGGAUAAGUCAGAGGGAUUCCCUUAUUCCCCAUCUCCAGCCCAGUCCCCCGUUGUUCAAUUGGUUAGGUCAAUAUUUUUUCUAAAGGGUUGGGAAGAGGAUUCCUUAGUAAAUGACUUCUAACUAAAGCAAAAUACCCGUGCAUUUGGCUCCUAAAGCAGUUGUGGCCCAGGCCCUGAAGGAGGUUGCUCCUGAAGAUCUCUCCUUCCUAAUCAGGUGCAUGUUGCCUAUUAUUUGGGAAAUAGAAUCCCUGUCUAGGUAGAGAUGAGAAAAAUGGAAGUGACAUUUCUGUUCAGCUCACACCUGGGAGAUGCUGCAAACGUGUAGAAAAUGAAAUCCAUGUUGAAUGUGAUACAGCUGCAGAAAGGUACCUAUUUUUUAUAGAUACCUGACAUUUGGUGUCUUACAGGGAUUCUAAGAAGCACCUGAAUUUAGUCCCUAAUUUAAAUCUGUGCCACCAGAUUAAAGAAAUAAAAGGGCAUAUUUGGGGGAGUUAUACCUCACUAUCGCUAC